AUGAAUGAUUAUGAUAAUGAAGUAUCAUCGCCUUGUAUGCUUAAAACCAAAGUUUUACACGAAAUUUUGAAUGAAGCUCACAGUUCUGAUAUCGUUGGAAUUGUGCUUAUGACAUUAGAAGGAUCAUUAGUUGCUUAUACCAAUCGAAAUACAGAUGAAGAUUCAACUUCCUCUGCAGCUAUUGCAUCAAAUAUUUGGUCCUCCUAUGUACACCUAGGUCAAAUGGUAUUGUAUUCUGAUGACUUAGACAUGAUUAUGAUCGAUGGAAAGGAUGGUCAGGUUGUCAUCUCUAACGCUGCCAACAUGUUGUUAUGCAUAUUUGCCAAGCCUUCGGCCGCUAUGGGUUUAAUUAAAGCAAAGGCACAAAUACUUUGCCGCCAUCUAGAUAAGCCUUUAAGAAGCUUAAAACAGCAAGGGUAA